AUGAGCCAGCCGCCGGCAGGGGGCGCCGCCGCGGAGCCUCGCCUGCACCCCGAGGGCAGCAGCGGCCGGAAGCCGCCGCCGCGCGCCUCCUCCCCGGCCCGCGCUCGCGACACCGCCCCGCGCCCGCCGCCCGCCAGUACCUCCCGCGCCCCAGCUGCCGUCGCCGCCGCCGCCAAGGCCGCCUCGACGCGCCCGCCGCCGGGCCAGGUCCCCAGAGCCGCCCGUGGCCGCGCCGCUGACAAGGCACCGCGCGGCGUGGGGCCUGCGGGAGCUGUCCAGCCCGGCGCCGGUGCUGAACCGCCGCCCGCCGCUGGUGGAAAAGCCGCUGCCGAGGAGUCUCCGCCGCUGCGCGCCGCCGAGCCCGCUGAGGAGGCGCCCCCUGCAGGAGGCGGCGGCGGGCGGGAGCGGGAGGGGGCGGGGGCGCCGCAGCCGCCGCCGCCCAAGCAGUGGCGGGGGAAAGCGGGGCGGUCUCCGCUGAAGGGCGCAGGGGAGGCGGCCCCGGCGCCUCCAUCUUCCUCGGGCGCAGGGAAGGGCCGCGGGGCGGCGGGUGGCGGUGGGUACUGGAAGGAGGGAUGCCUGCAGAGUGAGCUGAUCCAGUUCCACCUCAGGAAGGGGCUGGCGGCGGCAGCCCAAAUGCAGACCAAAGGCAGCAACCACAGCAGCAGCGGCAGCGCUUCUUCCGCCGCCUCCUCCUCCUCCUCCUCCUCUGCGGCCGCCGCCCCGGUCGAGCCUCCCCCGGGCGCCUCCGCCUCCUCGCCCUCUGCCAUGGCGGCGGCCGGGGCGGAGGGGCUGCGGCGGGAGGAGGCGGGCGGCGGCGGCAGGAGUGGUACCCCCGAGGGCUCACUGAGCCCGCAGCUGCAGGAGGAGAUGCAGGAAGAGAUGGAGAAGCUGCGGGAGGAAAACGAGACCCUCAAGAAUGAGAUAGAUGAACUGAGGACGGAGAUGGACGAGAUGAGGGACAGUUUCUUCGAGGAGGACGCUUGCCAGCUCCAAGAGAUGCGGCACGAGCUGGAGCGAGCCAACAAGAACUGCCGGAUCCUCCAGUACCGGCUGCGCAAGGCCGAGCGCAAGCGGCUGCGCUACGCCCAGACCGGCGAGAUUGAUGGCGAGCUCCUGCGCAGCAUGGAGCAGGACCUCAAGGUUGCAAAAGACGUGUCGGUGAGACUUCAUCACGAGCUGGAAAACGUGGAAGAGAAACGAACCAUAACAGAAGAUGAAAAUGAAAAAUUAAGGCAGCAGCUUAUAGAAGUUGAAAUUGCCAAGCAGGCACUACAGAAUGAGAUGGAAAAGAUGAAGGAGCAGUCACUGAAGAGAAGAGGGAGCAAAGACCUACCAAAAUCAGAAAAAAAGUCACAGCAGACACCAACAGAGGAGGACAAUGAAGACCUAAAAUGCCAGCUACAGUUUGUCAAAGAAGAAGCAGCCUUGAUGAGGAAGAAAAUGGCUAAGAUAGAUAAAGAGAAAGACAGAUUUGAACACGAGCUGCAAAAAUACAGAUCAUUUUACGGGGAUUUGGACAGUCCCUUGCCAAAAGGAGAAGCAGGUGGGCCACCUACCACAAGAGAAGCUGAGCUCAAGCUUCGAUUGAGGCUUGUAGAGGAGGAAGCUAACAUUCUGGGGAGGAAAAUAGUGGAACUAGAAGUAGAAAAUAGAGGGCUGAAAGCAGAGCUUGAUGAUUUAAGAGGAGACGAUUUCUCAGGGACUGCUAAUCCCCUGCUGGGAGAGCAGAGCGAAUCCCUGUCAGAAUUACGGCAGCACUUGCAGCUCGUGGAAGAUGAGACAGAGCUGCUGAGGAGAAAUGUGGCUGAUUUAGAGGAGCAAAACAAGCGCAUAACAGCCGAGCUGAACAAAUACAAGUACAAGUCCGGGGCCCACGAGAGCUCCCGGCACCAUGACAGCGCCAAGAUGGAAGCGUUGCAGGAGGAGCUGAAAGCUGCCCGCAUGCAGAUCAAUGAGCUGAGCGGCAAAGUCAUGCAGCUGCAGUACGAGAACAGAGUCCUGAUGUCCAACAUGCAGCGCUAUGACUUGGCCUCUCACCUGGGCAUCCGAGGCAGCCCCCGGGACAGUGACGCCGAAAGUGACGCGGGCAAGAAAGAGAGCGACGAUGACUCGCGCCCUCCGCACCGCAAGAGGGAGGGCCCCAUUGGAGGGGAGAGCGACUCCGAGGAGGUACGCAACAUUCGCUGCCUGACACCCACCAGGUCCUUUUACCCCACCCCAGCGGGGUGGCAGAAAAGCUUCACUGACAGGCAGCAGAUGAAGGACAUUCGCUCCGAGGCCGAGCGGCUGGGCAAGACAAUAGAUCGCUUAAUCUCUGACACGAGCACCAUCAUAACAGAGGCCAGAAUUUAUGUAGCUAAUGGGGACCUCUUUGGACUGAUGGAUGAGGAAGAUGAUGGCAGCAGAAUACGCGAGCAUGAGCUUCUUUACAGGAUCAAUGCCCAGAUGAAGGCCUUCAGGAAAGAGCUCCAGGCUUUCAUCGACAGACUGGAAGUCCCAAAGUCUUCGGAUGACCGCAGCACAGACGAACCUUUGUCAGUGAGUCAGAAUUAUUCCAGAGAGGUUUAG